AUGACAACAGAUCCGACUGAAGAUGAACGCAAGGGCAUCGUGCAGAAUAUAACUAAACAAGCGUACUGGCAUGUAUCAUCAUGUAAACCAGGACACGGUGUUGAUAAACUACUAGAUGAUAAUCUCGAAACUUAUUGGCAAUCUGAUGGUCCUCAACCACACCUAGUCAACAUUCAAUUUAAACAGAAAACUAAAAUCAAAGAUUUGUGCAUUUUCUCGGAUUUCAAAGUCGAUGAAAGUUACACACCUCAGAAAAUAUCCAUUCGAACAGGAAUUAAUCAUAACAAUCUUGUCGAACUACGAUGUUUCGAAAUUCACGAACCCGCUGGCUGGGUGAUUGUUCCCACUCGUGAUGCACGUUCGAAUCCAAUUAAAACCUGGAUGAUUCAAAUCGCAGUCCUCGCUAACCAUCAAAGUGGCCGAGACACGCAUAUUCGUCAAAUAGUUGUUCAUAGUCCAACGGAAACAUCCUCAAUAUUCAUCGACCCGAAAUUUUCAAGUAUUGAAUUAGCCUCGCACAGUAGUUGCAGAUAA